UAUUUGCUAUUUUAUUUCCAGCAUCAAAAUGACAGUCAGUGAUACAAGAACUGAGUUCAAGCUGAAAUCACCACCUGAGGAUGGCAUCUCAUCAGUCAAAUUCGGCCCAAACUCUUCUCAGUUCCUGUUGGUGUCAUCGUGGGAUAAUUCAGUCACAUUGUACGACAUCCAAGCCAAUAGCGUCAGAAUGAAAUACUCUCAUGAGAGGCCGGUCCUCGAUGUUUGCUUCCAGGAUGCUGUGCAUUCGUUCAGUGGUGGAUUGGAUAAAACGCUCAAAAUGUUCGAUUUCAAUAGUAAUACAGAAACUGUUGUGGGGACGCAUGACCAAGCUAUACGGUGUAUAGAAUAUUCUUCAGACGUGAACAGUAUUCUCACCGGAAGCUGGGAUUCGACGGUUAAAAUGUGGGAUCCUCGCACCAAUCGAUUAGUAGGAAACUAUUCUCAACCUGAUAAGGUUUACACAAUGAGUUUGUGUGGUGAGAAGCUGGUUGUCGGUACAGCUUUCCGCAAAGUAUUCGUUUGGGAUCUGCGAAACAUGGGCUACAUACAGCAGAGAAGGGAGUCCAGCUUGAAGUAUCAGACUCGCUGCAUCCGUUGCUUCCCUAACAAGCAGGGUUACGUUCUUAGCAGUAUCGAAGGAAGAGUGGCAGUGGAGUAUUUGGAUACCGGUGCUGAAAUGCAGAAGAAAAAGUAUGCUUUCAAGUGUCACCGUAUCAAGGAAGAUGGAAUCGAGAAAAUUUAUCCAGUAAAUGCUAUAAGCUUCCAUCAAGGAUACAACACAUUCGCAACAGCUGGAUCCGAUGGCUAUGUAAAUAUCUGGGAUGGUUUCAACAAGAAGAGGCUGUGCCAAUUCCAUCGCUACAACACAUCCAUUUCAUCAAUCUGCUUCAGUCAUGAUGGAACCGCUCUGGCAAUCGCUUGCUCGUACAUGUACGAGGAGGAAACAGUCCGUGAUCCACUUCCCGAAAAUAAUGUGUUCAUCAGAUACGUCACCGACCAAGAAACAAAACCAAAAUGAACUGAUUCACUCGAAUUGCAUGUCUCUAUCACGGAAUCAACUGGUUACUGUCUCGACUAAGCUGUUGUAUUUAUACGUUUUGUAAUGCUGGUCUUUAUAAUCUGUCUUCUUAUAGUGCGUACAUACUUGUGCGCCACGAAUACGCUCAUUUUAUCAGAUGAUGAUACGUACUGUUUCUAUACAAAUGCAGAUAUAAUCAGCUGAUGAAAACUGAUAUGCGCGUGUUUGUGGCGCUCAAGUCUGUAAGCAGACUUGUUUCUUUGUGAGCUUGUUUCUAUAGCAUUUUAGCACAUACAAACUCUAGUUUUAUAUUUUGAAUACUCAUUGACAGCAGCAUAAAAUCUGCUCGCUCGUUGUAGUUUUUAAACAUAACAAAUUUCCUGUAUUCAGGCGUCUAUUCCAACUUCUAGAAUAAGUUAUGCACAUGACUGACAUGAAAAAUUGAGAUUUAUUAUAAAUAUAUGAUCAUUCAAUUUACAAUCAUGACCAUCUUUUUUAUAGUCCAGUCAAUAUAAACAAAAUAUAAAUCUUAGUACCCUUUUUAAAUUAUUUUAUCACAACAUGUUUCGGACAUUAAUGCCAUUUUUUUGCUCGAAAAGCACUAAGAUUUAUAUUUUAUUUAUAUUAAGAGUAGCCCUAAAGAAAAAAGACAAUAAAAUAGUCCAAUCAACAUGAAUACCGUAGAUGAAAAAGGAGGGGUACUUGCAAAAUAUAUUGUAUUCCUAUUUUAAUAGUUAUUUGUGCAACUAGUGCGCAAAGUGACAGUUUGCUGCACCGAAAGAAACGUUUACGCACGAGCCUUAGGCGAGUGCGGAAUAAUGGUUUCUUGAGUGCAGCAAACGAACUUUGCGCACGUAUUUCACAUUAAAUUUUUCCUACAGUUACCAUUGAAUAUGAAAAGUGGGUAAUUAUGGGUAAAAUUCCCUGAAAUCCAUCAAAUGUUUUUCUAUGUAAUUUUAUUAAUAAUAAAAACCUUAAUUUAUUUAAAAUUGAAUAAUAAUAAUUAAAUUAAUCAAGGCACAUAAUGGCAAGGCAACACCGUUCUCCACUGUCAUAUUAUAACGUGGACCACACUAUACCACAGUCAGUGUUACCAACUUAAUUUUGAUUUUCCUGCACUGGUGCUCCAUAUAACCUACUAACUGUUUUGCGUUGUCAUGCUGCAAAUCUGGAGUACGCAAAGUAAUACUUUGCGCACUAGAGCGGAAAAGUGACUCUUUGCGGCCUGCAAUUAGUGCAGAAAUGGUCACUUUUCAAGGUAUCUGUAGGAAAAAUAUAUUGUUUUGAUAUAUGAAAGAAGUCCAGAACCAAUUUUUGCAUGCAAAAUUUCCUUGAGUCAAAUACAAAAGGCCUCGAAAACCUCAAAUUUUGUGUUCCUCUUCCAGUUUUUAGCGAUUUCCGCUAAAACCAGCCAUCGGACAGAAAAAAUCAUUCUUACUUUUUUUCUGUAGAUAAAAUUUCAAGAACAAUGAAACCAUUCGCAUUUCUCUAUUGUCAUUCGUCAAUGAGUACUGAAUUAAUAAUUUACAAAAAUGAGUCAAAUUCGUAAAAAAAUGUUGAAGAAUUUCAGUUUUCAAUCAACAAUAACUUAUUCAAUAGCAACUAUAAGGAUUUUUACCACUUGAACGAUCGAAAUCAAUCAUAAUCCGAAUCCCAAUAAUGAAUAUCCCAAAACAAUCAAUUCAGCAGAUUAAAGUUAAUGGUCAUUUCAAGACAUUCAAUUUUAUUAUUACGCCAAAAGGGGUUUUGAAUUAUUCGUUCAAAUGGUGACAAUCAAAAGUUAUUGUUAAUUAAAAAGUAAAAUAAUUCAACUUUUUACUAAAAUUUGACUCGUUUUAAAAAAAUUGUGACUCAGUACUUAUUACGAUAGAGUUGCAAAUUAUUCCAUUGUUCUCGAAAUUGUAUUAUCUAUGAAAAGAUAACAAUGAUUUUUCUGUCUGAUUGCUGAAUUUGGCGAAAAUCGUUGAAAACUGGAAAGACAAUCGAGGUUUUUGAAGCAUUCAGCAUAAGGAAAUUUUGCAUGCAAAAAUUAGUUCUAGACUUCUUUUAUGUAUCCAAACAACAUAACGUAUUAAAACUACAAUGUAUUUUGAAAGCGCCAAUUAUAAUAGUAAUUGAACUAUAUAAUAAUGAAGAGUGAACACAUUUAUAAUAAUCGUGCAUCGUUUUUUGAACAAAUGAAUGUAAAUUCCAUCAAUCAAGUUCGUAUUAUUAUUCUAAAACAACUGUCAGUGUUAUAUGUAAUGAAUAGAAGAUAUCAUUUUUUAAAA